CGCAUUCAUCUGCCAUCUCCAACGGCACGCACUACAUUUUUUCGUAUUUUAUUUGGUUAAAUUUUAUUCUCAACUGAAGGCCAGGAAAACGAGCAGCGAUGGGCAAACGGCGGACGCAAUCCCUGAUCGACUCCAACUCCAGCGAUAGCGACAGCGAAUCGGAGACCAAUCUGGAAUCGGACCUGAUGUCGCUGGCCAAGAAGCGCAAGAAGCCCCAAACGGCGGCAAAGUCGAGCUCCCGCUCUGACUCUGAUUCCGACUGGGCCAACAAUAAAGCCGGAGCCCCCGCCUCCAAGAAGAAGAAGCGCCAAAAGGCCAGCAGGGACUCCAGCUCUUCGGAGUCCAAUUGGGAUGACGACAGCCAGGAUGAGGAACAGCCUGCGAGGCAAAGCCCAGCGCAGGCCCAACAGGAGCAAAAGCCCCCGGAGCAAGCGACUCAGCCCGCCCAUCUCAGCGAACAGGAGGAGGGCGAGGUUUCCGACAGUGAUUCCGACAAGUCUAAGUCCAACUCCUCCUCUUCCGGCUCCGAUUCCUCUAGCUCUUCGUCCUCCAGCUCAGAUUCAGAGUUCGAUGACGGUUUUGACGACGACCUCAUGGGCGACGAGGAGGAUCGAAGGCGUCUCAAUGCCCUGUCCGAAAAGGAGCGCGAAACGGAGAUCUACAAGCGAAUUGAGCAGCGUGAGUUUAUGCGAACGCGCUGGGAAAUCGAACGGAAGCUGAAGCUAGCUAGGCGAGGCGAAAAGAACCAGGAGAAGUCCAAGAACAAAGGAGAACGGGCCAAGAAGAAGAAGGAGAAGCGUGAGAAGAAGGCGAAGAAGGCCCGGGAAGCACUGGCGGCCGCACCGCCACACACCGCCAUAUCCACACUGUCGGAUGCGGAACCCAAGCCCAGUGGCGAAGUGCGGUCAGCGAGUCCCUUGUCCUCGCCGGCCCUCAGUCGAGAUGUAGCUUCCACAUCCGCGGCAGUAGCCAGUAUUCUGCCCGAUGAUCAAGCAGCCGCCGCUGGCGUCUCGGAUUACUUCGAUCACAAGGAGCGAUCCAAGGAGCGCAAGAAGAACGUAGAGGCCAACAAGACGGACGACAAGAGGAGCAACGCCAUGGCCUUGCUAAAAGCCAAGCGAGAGGGCAAGGCAAAAAGGGAGGAAGAGGAGGCCAAGCGCCUGGCUGAACGAGAUCGUGAUGAUGACAAGGAGGAAUUGGAGAGCGUCUCCGGUUGCAAAUCAGCCGUGAAACUGAAAGCCUCUGAGAUCUACUCCGAUGACUCGGGCAGCAGCGAUUGGGAUGAGGACGAAAAGCCCACGGGCAAGCGAUCGCGCUCCAACAGCAGCAAGGCCUCCAGCGAAUCUGAGGACGACGAAAAGGUGCCCCAGCGGCCCGUUUUCAUUACCACUCGCGAGGAUCUUAACAAGCUGCGCUUAUCGCGCUACAAAAUGGAGCGUUUUGUGAACUUGCCCAUCUUUGAGAGCACCGUACUCAAUUGCUUUGUGCGAAUCAGCAUCGGAAACAAUGGCCAGAAGCCUGUUUAUCGGGUGGCCGAGAUUGUGGGUGUGGUGGAGACGGGGAAGGUCUACAGUUUAGGCACCACGCGUACCAAUCGCGGGCUGAGACUUAAACACGGAACCCAUGAGCGGGUGUUUCGACUGGAGUUCAUUUCGAACCAGGAUUUCACCGAGAGCGAGUUCAACAAGUGGAACGAAGUCUGCCAGCAGGGGCACGUCCAGAUGCCCACUAUUGACCUAAUCGCUAUUAAGCAAACCGACAUUAAAAAGGCGCUGAACUACGAGUUCAAGGACGAGGACGUGGACAAGAUCGUGGAGGAGAAGAACCGCUUCCGCAACCGACCCACCAAUUAUGCUAUGAAAAAGACCUGCCUGAUGAAGGAGCGCGAUGCGGCAAUGUUGCGGGGCGACUACGACAUUGCACAGGAUCUGGGCCAGCAGAUCGACGAGCUGGAGAACCGGGCCUCCGAGCUGGACAAGAGGAGAUCACAUACCCUCAAUCUGAUCUCCUACAUAAACGAUCGGAACCGGAAGAAGAACGUUGAGGAUGCCGAGAAGGCUAUUCUAGAGGAGGCUCGUGCCAACAAGGGUCUGAAGAUUUCAGACCCCUUCACACGCCGGAUCACCCAACCGCGCAUGGGUUUCAAGGGUACCAAAAAGGACGACGAUGACAUGCAGCUGGCACCACUUCCACCGCCGCCACCGGGCAAAAAGAGGCCAAACGAAGCGGGUACUUCGAGUGCGAGCACCAAGCCAGUGGACGCCAAGGAUUUCAGCCUGUACUCACUGCACGACUUUGACAUCGACUUGGAUGUGCCGCUACCGGUUAGUACGAAUGCAGUGCCCAAACCGGCCAACAAACCAGCUGAAACAGUCUCCAAGCGUUCGCUGAACUUGGAAGAUUACAAGAAGAAGCGGGGCCUAAUCUAGAAAACGAAAUCGGUGGUCUACACAUUUUGACAAAACUUCACAUGUUUACGUCCUAGUUUAGCGUAGUGCCCCAAUGACUACAGCAAACGAUUGCUUAUGCCACAACGACUCGCCCAACUGAAGGAGCAAGAAAACAGAAAACGAUGGGCAGAUCCCUCGGCUUAUAGUUACAGUUCAUAAUUGUAUUAAGGUUGAUACAAAAGGUUUGAUAAGAUCGGGCGAAGCGGAUGAUUACCCAUUGCAACAAAUCUAAAUAUCCUAAUCUAGGAUACUCCCCCUGUUUGUGUUUGUUCGGUAUUCCCCUUAAUAUUCAAUUUUUAGCGAAAUUAUACAAGCAGCACAACAAAGAGCAGCAGCAAUAUCGAACAGUUAGAAUUCUUAUGCAAAUAAGGGACUCAUUAAGUAAUAAAUAUAGAUUGAUAAAGUUCUAUUGUAAUUUUCAUAGUAUUUAAGUUGAAAAUUGUAUUACGAAAAUAGAUAUCCCCAAAUCCAGCCCAGCCCAAUACUUCUCGACGAGGUGUUCAAUAAAUUAACAACUAACAUAAUUUA